AGGGACAGCUGGCCCUCAGGGAGAGGGGCAGUCCCUGGGGAGGAGUCCAUGAGGUCUGCUUCCUGUUCCUGCAGAAGUGAUGGCAUUAGGAAACCACCGUCUGUUAAGGAGAUUGUGCUGGGCCAUAAUAAAGCUGUCAUCUGCAGGAUCUGGUGCUCGUCACAGGCAGGAGCAGGGCUGCCCGCCCCGCUGGGACUCUACUUCUCCAGGGACGCUUACUGGGAGAAGCUAUACGUGGACCAGCCGGCCGGCACGCCCCUGCUCUAUGUCCAUGCCCUGCAGGACGUGCCAGAGGAGAUGCCCAGCUUCCGCCUGGGCUAGCACCUCUACAGCGCCUACCACACGCGGCUGCACGAGAAUGACUGGGUCCGCAUCCAGGAGGACACGGGGCUUCUCUACCUUAACCAGAGCCUGGACCACAGCUCCUGGGAGAAGCUCAACAUCCGCAAGGGCGGCUUCCCGCUGCUUACCAUCUACCUGCGGGUCUUCCUGUCACCCACAUCCCUACGUGAGGGCGAGUGCCAGUGGCCAGGCUGUGCCCGAGUGUACUUCUCCAUCAUCAAUGCCUCCUUCCCAGCUUGCGGCGCCCUCAAGCCCCGGGAGCUCUGCUUCCCUGAGUCAGGCCUGUCCUUCCGCAUCCGGGAGAACAGGCCCCCUGGCACCUUCCACCAGUUCUGCCUGCUGCCCGUGCAGUUCCUCUGCCCCAACGUCAGUGUGGCCUACAGGCUCCUGGGAGGUGAGAGUCUGCCUUUCCGCUGCGAUCUGGACAGCCUGGAGGUGA